AUGAAAGCACUCGUAGGCCCAGAAGAGAAGAGGGGAACUACAACUACCUACUAUGAUGGAGACUGUGCUAGCGUUGAUGGAGUGUUGAAGAACAAGUGUGUAUACCACAACAUGGUGGUGGAGGAAGACCUGCAUUCAGAGGUGGGGUUUCUGGCUUUUGCUUCACCCGCUGCUGCAAUGACGGACUUGUUCAACGUUUCCACUGCUAAUAUGGAUUUCACUAUUUCUCAGGACUUCUUCAGCCACGAAUUCCAAGGUGUAUGUUUCUGUUUCUCAUCCCUUCUUUGUAAACUAAAAACCACGUCACACUUCCUAAUGUCCCUUGUUUGA